AACAGCAACAAUGGCUGACGAGGAGGAAGGAGGAGAUAACAAUAUCAACAAUAAUAUGGGGAACCAGUUGCAGCUUUUACCCGAAAAUGAGGAAGAGGAGGAGGAUGAGGAUGAAAUGGAAACCGAAGAUCAUGACAGUGACGAUGCAGAAAAGCCAAAUAUUAUCAACUUUGACCCGAGUCUCCCAACGUCACAUGCUUAUCUGGGUGCAGACAUGGAGGAGUUCCAUGGGCGCACGGUGCAUGAUGAGGACAGCUGUCAGAUGAUCCCCGUCCUGCCGCACGUGACCGUGAUGCUGAUCCCAGGUCAGACCUUGCCACUGCAGCUCUUCAGGCCACAGGAGGUCAGCAUGAUGCGCAGCCUCAUCCAGAGGGACCGCACUUUCGCCGUGCUUGCCUACAGCGAUACAGGGGAGCAGCAGGCGGAGUUUGGGACAACGGCUGAGAUCUACGCAUACCGCGAGGAGCAGGAGUACGGCAUUGAGACAGUCAAAGUGAAGGCUGUGGGGCGGCAGAGGUUCAAGGUGCACGAGCUUCGAACCCAGGCAGACGGGAUCCGGCAGGCAAAGGUGCAGAUUCUUCCAGAGAGAAUCCUUCCAGACCCCCUCUCUGCGGUGCAGCUCACGCCCCUGUCACGGCUCCACGUGCACCCCUCCUCCAGACCCCCAGCCCAGCAGUGCCAGGAACUCCAGCGAUGGUGGGACACCUACAGGAAGAGGAAUCUUCACUGUGCCCGUCUCACCUCAUGGCCGGCUUGGGUUUACUCACUGUAUGAUUCGGAGAUCCUGAUGAACAGAGUGAAGAGACAGCUGCACGAGUGGGACGAAAACCUGAAAGAUGAUUCCCUGCCCACAAACGCUAUAGAUUUUUCCUACAGAGUGGCGGCCUGCUUACCCAUUGAUGAUGCCCUAAGAAUCCAGCUACUGAAGAUUGGCAGUGCCAUUCAAAGACUGCGCUGUGAGUUGGACAUCAUGGACCGGUGCACCUCGCUGUGCUGUAAGCAAUGUCAAGACACAGAGAUUACAACAAAGAACGAAAUCUUCAGCCUGUCGUUGUACGGACCCAUGGCUGCCUAUGUGAAUCCCCAUGGAUACGUCCACGAAACUCUGACCGUGUAUAAGGCCAGCAAUCUCAACCUGAUAGGAAGGCCAUCCACGCUGCACAGCUGGUUUCCAGGGUAUGCCUGGACCAUCGCUCAGUGCCGGACCUGUGGCUCCCACAUGGGCUGGAAGUUCACUGCCACUAAGAAAGACCUGUCCCCACAGCGCUUCUGGGGCCUGACACGCUCCGCCUUGCUGCCCCGCAUCCCCACCACCGAGGGCGAGGAAGGGUCCCGGCUGCUCUGCCUGUGACCAGGUAAACACCUGGCCAGCCGGAAGAGGGCGGAGACGAGGCACGGCCUCGGCAUCCCCCGACCCCCCCCCCGGGGAGGAGCGGCCGGGGGUAGCACAGCACUGCUUCAACAGACACACACGCCCCCCUCUCAUCGUUUUUCUGACGUCAGCUUUGACCUAUUUGAGGCUGCGAUUUAGGUGCCUGCACAGAGGGGGAGCAGUAGGCUUCCUGCAACAUGCCAUUGGCACCUCUGCGCAGGGACAGAGAGAGAGAGCGAGAGAAAGAGAGAUAAAGAGAGACAUGGCUCAUUAAAACUGCCUGUCAGUCUUAUCCCAACCCUAGCAUGCCUGCCUCCCCAAAAUCGGCUCUGAGCUCAUUACUGUUGGUAUAUGUGCAGCAGGUGUACAGAAAUCCUUUCCCAUUGGCGGCGAUGUGUCACAGAUGCUACUGCUCCUGUGCGACCCCUCACACAAGCAGUCCUGUCAGACCUGUCCCGUUAGGGGUAAGGGGAUUCUGUCUUAAAUAUAGGCUACAGCUGGUAUAGCCCUCUCGUAGUCCUCCACCUCUAAGUUCACACAAAGCACCUUUUGAGUAGUACCAGAUACCCGAUUGUUCUUAGUGUAAAAAUAUGUAAAUGUGGAUAUCUAUUUUGUUAGAUUUGAAGGUUUUCUUCGUUGCAAGAACAGUGAGCAUAGUCAUGCUGUACCUCCGUUUGUCCAGGGAUGCCAUUGUUUCCUGCAUGUGACUCUGUCAGGGGUUAAACGGUCUUAUCUUGCACAUGUCCCAGUGGAAAGGGGUCUGGACUUGGGCGUCUCUUUUCAGAAAGCAUGAUGUUAGCAUCCUAGUGGCUGUGAAAAAAGAAUGAAUGUAUGAUUUUUUUUUCUUUUUUGUAUCUAUGCUCUUUUUGCUCAGACAAGUCUAUUUAUUUUUGAUCGAGUUCUUUGGUCAUUUUUUCAUUGCUGUUGUGCAGUGAAAAUCCCCCCGCCUGCUUUUAUAAUGAUUUCUGGGGCUGACUGCGGAACUGGUCUGAUGUAGGCCUGAGUCGAGUGUGCGGGAACACAAUAUCAGUGUCCUAUCCUUAAAUUCGUUCAUGAAAUCUCCUUCUGCCCAGCCAUCAUAUCAAAUUGAUUGAAAAAUAGUACUGAUUUGUGAAGAUUUUUGCAAAAUAAGAAAAAAACACAAAUAUCAGUCUAAGAAUCCUUUCUUUGGAAUGUCUUAAAAUUGUUAUUUUAGUUUUUGUUUUUUUUUUUUUUU